AUGCACUACCUCCAAACAGCACUCGCCAUCAUGGCAGCUGCGGGCCCAUCUCUCGCAGAUAGAGACUUCUCCGUCAUCAGAGGCACAGGUGCACCUCACGGCAUCAGCACAGCAGACUGGAACUCGGCAAUGGACCAUCCCAACCUGACGACCUCCUACCGCUUCAACGGCCCAGACGUAUCCGCUGCCUUUCCGCCAGCAAACGAUUCCGCGUGGACAGGGACCCCCUUUGACCUCAGCAUCAACGUCGCUGCGCGUAUUCACACCACUCGCAACGAUAAGCGACAGUUGCAGCAGCUGUCAUAUCGGCUUCGAAGUAGAGAUGACGAUGAUGACGACGAUGAUGACGAUAACGACAGCAACAGGAACAGGAACAGGAACGGAAAUAGGAACUACUUCACCGGUUCCUCCAUCAACCUCAGACAAGUCGAUGGACAACAAAAGGUCGACGCGGGCUGGAAGCUGUGUGUCAACAUCUUCAUACCAAGGCUGGAUCGGGUGGCUAGAAGCGGAUCUCAAGAUGACAGCGGCGACUGCGGUGCCUUUCUCUCCGCCGAGUGCCGUCAGAAGCUCUUGGAUACAUCUUCUGGCCAAUUUGGGUCUUGCGGGGUCGCAGACCUGCCCGGCGAAUGCAAAGAUUUCCUCGAGGACGCCAACGAUGAACGCUUCGGUUACUCUCCCAAUAUCGCCUCUGGAUCCCAAAUUUUCGCCUACGGAUCCCAGUCCUACAACUGGGGCAACAACGACAACAACAACGACGACCGUCGUCGAGGUGGCGAGUAUGCUAUCGCGAGCCGGAUGAUUUGGCCCGUGAUGCUGACCUGGGGUGGCUCUGGCGAUGCUGCGGAGAGUCGGGCUACUCUACACUGCGUCCGCGCGAAGGAUGUCGUUGCGGGGAGCGAUGUGCCUCAGACUCUGAGCGAAGAAGAUGAUAACGACAAUGACGACGACGAUGAUGAUGAUGACAAUGACCGCAACCGUAAUGCGGCUGGCAUCAAGGGGCCCUUUGCUGGGUGGUCGUUUAUCUUGGCUGUGCAUGUUGCCCUUGCGAUGAUAUUCUACUGCUAG